AGCUUAAGCGUACGAUGUUUAAUCAAGCGCCUCCGAACACGAGGGGAUAGUAAAUUAAGGACAGCUCAACAGUUAAACACCAGCGGAAGUGAUGAGUAAAUUGGAGCAGUAGUAGUUUUGUAGUUCCCUACCCCGAGGUCCGAUGCGCAGCAAUAUCGGUUCGAUCAUUAUCACCAUAAACCGAGCCCAUCUUUCCGGCAGCGCCGAAAGAAGGAUUCUCAUGGUUGAAUUAUGUGUUCGUGAGAGCUGUUGAAACUUGCUCGUUCGUUCGCGGUCCCUACCCGAGUGCAAGUGGUGCAGAAGUUCCACGCUAACGCGGCUAAGCGUCGUCUUUGCGUGUUUCGUAUGGCAGCGAAGUGGCAAACAUAAUUUAUGCACCUGCUUGGAGGCGCGUCCUCUGAUGGGUUGGCCAGGUCCCCAAAACAGAACCAAACCACACGAGGGGAAAGUUACGGCGAUAAACUUCAGUGCGAUGUUUGUUUUAUUGUUUCUUUGCUAGAAUUUUUAUUAUUUCCCAGGGAUUUGUCCCUUAUUGUACAGUAAGUUUUGUGUACACCAUGUGUGUACGUACACUUCAGGGAGGUUUCGACAGUGCCAGGUAAAGUUGGAGCAAGUCAGCGACAUUUACCGUGUGUUUCAAAUUCAAACGGUUUCGUUUGGUACAGAAAAUGUAGGCCACAUUCCACCUUGCUUCGUGUGCAAAAGGACCCCGUCGUGUAACAAGUUUGUGGCCACGUGCAUCUCUCUACGAUGGCGUCGACCGCCGAGCAAGGAAUGCGGAAACGAAGAAUGUUUAACGAUGUUCGCGUGUCGGUUACUGACGCGCUGAUUCGAUUCUAAGGGGAAACGGACCAACCAACCUUUCCGAGUCUUUGCGCGUCAGUCGUCAGCCGACGUCGGUAGGACACGCGUCACGACCGGUCCGGUGCUGCUAAAUGCUCACCGAUCCGGUAGUGGUCUCAACGAUGGUAUCCAAUCACCUGUUCUACGUUAGUCGGGCCGACAUAUUUUCCGUGUAUCCGGAGAUACUGCGCGAGAUACUCGUGCUCGAGGAGCUUCUAUUUCGCACGAAAUCGAUCACAGCAUUCGGCCAUACGAUCACGGCAAGCGAUCGAGUACCGCUGCAACUGCCCAGUGAGUUCGAGUGGCAGCUCAAGCAGUACUUCCGGUUAUUGGAGCAACAGAAGAAGAUCAACGCUGCCACGGAGCAAGGAAUCCAGCUGAAGAGCUCCCUGGAGAAGGUCGACCACACCUACUGGGAGGUGAAGGCCAAAUCCAUCGAUGAGGUCGUAUCGCCGAUGACUUCGCCCGCUUCGGGCGACUCUUCCACGCCUUCGUUCCGCCGACGGCGACGACUCUGCAUCCUGGACAACCCCAUCGACUUCUGCGACAUUGCCGCAUACAACCAGUGGCGCUUGGAGGAUAUCGUAAGGGCGGGCAAGUUGCUGCACAAGCCUCCACUUCCGGUGCAGUUUGACGAUGAGUACGAGAUGCGGAAGGUGUAUUCCAUGAUUUACGACGUCUACCGCUUCAAGCUGGUUCUUCAACAGGCACUGAAAAACAUUGGCUUCUACGAAAGCUACCCGAUGGUUGGCAUUAUAUGUUGGCUUCCCCUUUUUCCCUCAUUCCCCCAGCUGGCCCACGAAACCACGCGCGUUUGGCUACUGCUUUACGACAUGUACUUGCGGAAGUUUGUGAAGCGCGAGCCGGACACGGUGCCCCAGAAGGAUCAACUGUUUCACGAGGCACAUUUGCUGGAAAUUGAGCGCUGUCUCGAGUUGAACAGCGUCAAGAUUGCUGCCGCUCUCACGCGCAUCCGGAUCCAGAACAGUGCCUACAACAUGCAGUGCUUGUUACCGCUUCAUCUGCAAGACAACAAGGUAGCGAUCGUCGUGUCGAAUCCCAUCAUCACCGGCUGGAUCAACACGUUUCGCAUCCGAACGAAACAGGAAGCGAACGAAGCCCUACAGCAACUCGGAUUCGAACUAAUCGAACCACCCGCGCCGGCCAGCUUUCAAAGUCUGCUCAAUCUGUUCAGCCCACGUGACCGAACCGGAUACGUGCCAAUCACGAUGAAUCGCUACAAGUGGGACCGACUGUGUCCUCAGGUGCUUUACAUCUACCCAGAAGAUCGCUCCGCUUUUGUGCAAUCGCCUAUCUUUAUCGACCAUCAGUUCAUCAUACAGGAUCGGUCAUUUACCGUCGGUCCAGCCAUCUUCUCGAAUUUGCUGGACUACUUCGAGGUGCAGGGCGAUGUGCUUCAGACACACAUCGCUUCACCGCGCUCAACCGCCUAUCUGGCCUCCCUGCUGGCAAACUGUAACCGUGUACGUAAUUUUGUUGCUUUCGGGUGUGGCAGCAAGCUGGACGAAUAUCGCGAGUAUAUGGCCGAGCUUGGGGUGACCAAUGUGAAGCUGUUUGCCGAACCAUUCUCCGACCUGCCGCACGGUUCGCCGGUAGUCGAUAAGGUGGUGGGCAUCCUGGCAAACCCACCCAGCUCGUACAGUGCCGUCAGCGAUCCGAUCGAUUUGAUCUGCAGCCGGGGUGGCGAUCUGUCGAUGCUGGAGAUGCUGUCCGAGUCGGAGAUGACGGACGACAGUCGCCGAAGGGUAUCGAAGUUGCUCGAAAAGCAACGAGAAACCCUGAAGCUGGCCAUGUCCCGGCCGCAGGUUCAGUUCAUACUCUACCAAACGCACUCGAUCGUGGAGACAGAGAACGACACAAUGGUCCAGAGGGCGGUCGAGUACACCAACCAGAAGGCGUUCGAGGUGCAUUACAAAGCGAUGAAGGAACGGGAGAUGGCCGCGCUUGCCGAGGCGGCAGGUAAUACGCUGGUGAACCGAUUGCUCGGAAGACAGGAAGCUGCUGCACGGGCAAAACAUGCCGAACCAUCCGACGGAGACCGGGAUGGUGCGGAUGGAGGGGUGGACGGUGCGAGUACACGGAAGAACUCCGAGGAAGAGGUAAAUGUUCCACCGACGGACCAGUUCGAGGUGGUCGAACUGCCCGACUUUUGUCCCCAAAAGGAUGGCUGCCUGGAUUUCACGGAGUGCGGAGUGUUUCUUUCGCUCAUUAAACGCAAAGAAGUCAUCAGGCUGGAUUCGAAGUAUCUCAUCAAGAUUGCGGAACUACGAGGCAUUUUCGGUGACGCUAACAACGAGCCGCGCUUCAACGUGAAGGUCACGAAGCGGGCGGACCGCAAAUCGGAAGAACAGGAUGCGCAUGAUCUGCAGAAUCGCAAGAAGCGACUGAAACGCCGUGGUAGCAACAUGGAUUCCUUGAUCACGCGCCUCAACACGCCAACGCAGGCCUCCCUGAAGCGUGCACACCAUCAUCGGAUGUCGUCAGUUGAGCAUAAGUUCAUGUUCUUCGAUGCCUACCGCGAAUGGUGUCCAAAGUAUGCGAACAGAAGCGAAAACAAUCUCAGCGUGCUGUCCGACGAUCGGUCGUCUACGAGCUCGAUCGUUCGUGCGCGCGUCUGGUGGAAGACGACCAUUCACUACGUGAUGCAAAAGCUUCGGCUUGCCCGGUUGGAAGGAGCGGGUGAAGGCGCGGAGUUUCCUCCGCUACUGCUGCGCCGCUAUCCGAUCGGAUCUCGACAUGGAGAAGAAGGAACGAAACGGUUUCGCUGGAGUCACCAAAACCGCAUACCGUACCCACUGCCGGUACGUAUACUCGAAUUCCGACAGUACAACUCCGAAAACAGCUUGUUGCACAAAACGGCUGAUCCGGAAAAGGACUGCCCCAGUAGACCGAUGCGAUUAAGUCGGCAGAACGCACUCACCACAAAUUGUGCCGCAGGCACCCGUGUUCGGUUGAGAUCCUCUCAGUCAUGCUAAGAUUGUUGCCCGCAUCAUAUCCGAGAGACAAUCAAUCGAAAGUAUCCCUGUUCGGCAACAUCGAAUAACCAAAGCAAAGCAAUCAUCAAGUAAAAUAAAUCCAUCAAUCCACCUUUGUUAGUUUAAACAGUAAAUAAGUUUUGGGAAAUAAUUCAGCAAGCUUACAAAGAAAGGUUAGUGUGCUGAGCUGUAUCGCGUGCAAC